UGUCAGCGCUUUUAUUUUGUCUUCAUUUCCUGAGUGUCUCCCUGAGUGCUGCUUCCCCUCAGCUGUGGCUGAUUGGCACCUGGCCACACCUGGUGUCAAUCAGCCAGCUACUAUUUAAACCUGCCUUCUCCUCCAGUCAUUGCUGGAUCAUUGUCGUUCCUACCUGUCGUGUCGUUGUUUGCUGUAUGCUGUCGUUGCUACCUGUGUGCGUUAAGCUUUCCCUGGAUCCUGACUCCUGUUCCUGCUUCCUGGUUUCUGACACUAUCUGAUUGGAAGUGUCACACUCCCUAACCUGUGAGGCCUCAGGUGGACGCCGGGUAGUUUGUGGCCGCAUAGACAAAGCUGCUCUCUGGAGAAGGUUGAAGAGACUAGAUUGGGAGUCAACCUGCUAUCUUAAUGGCGGAGCCCAACUUCCCCCCGCUGCCCGGAUUCAUUCCGCUCAGGCCGUGCUUCUACCAGGACUUUGACGAGAUUCCCGACCAGCACCGCAGCCUGUGCAAGAAAAUGUACCACCUGUGGAUGUUAAACUCUGCAACGCUGGCUGUCAAUCUCAUCGGCUGCUUUGCGUGGAUGUUCGGAGGAGGAGGAGUGACCAACUUUGGCCUGUCCAUCAUUUGGCUGCUCAUGUUUACGCCUUGCUCCUACGUGUGCUGGUUCAGGCCCAUAUACAAGGCUUUCAAGAGUGAUAGCUCCUUCAACUACAUGCUGUUCUUCUUUGUGUUCAUGGCUCAAGUCGGCAUCAGCAUCAUUCAAAGCAUCGGUAUCCCGGGAUGGGGAGUCUGUGGCUGGUUGGCGACCAUCUCCUUCUUCAGCUAUAAUAUAUUGAUAGCUCUGGUCAUGUUGGUUCCGACCAUCAUGUUCACUGCUGUCGCAUCGCUGUCCUUCCUCGCCCUCACAAAGAUCCAUAAUUUCUACCGGGGGAGCGGGGGCAGCAUGUCCAAGGCGCAGGAGGAGUGGACCACGGGAGCCUGGAAGAACCCUCAUGUCCAGCAGGCCGCCCAGCAGGCCGCGAUCGGGGCGGCGGGCGGCGCCAUGCAGGAUCAGUACUCGGCCCCGCAGUACAACGACAACCAAAUGUAACCUUCAAGGAGACGUCGGGGAAAAGGCCAAAGUUUGAACGGCAGCCUCACUUGGAUAGCAAAGUCUGAAGGAAUGAAUGAUGCCGAUUUGCUCGCACUUCAAAGAAACAUCAGAGAAAUGCGUGUUUGCAAGCUGUUUCAUCAGGUGGCAAACAAAUCUCUCAUAUUGUUGAAUAUUUUAUAUUCUUUCAUAUACUAGUCAUUUUUUUUCUCUUGUUCCUAAUGCAUUUUUUUUUAGUAUUUGACAGCGUUAAUGACGAACUGUGUUAUCACCAAAGACAUUAGUAUUGUACAAACCCCGUUUCCAUAUGAGUUGGGAAAUUGUGUUAGAUGUAAAUAUAAACGGAAUACAAUGAUUUGCAAAUCAUUUUCAACCCAUAUUCAAUUGAAUGCACUACAAAGACAACAUAUUUGAUGUUCAAACUCAUAAACUAUAUAUUUUUUUUGCAAAUAAUAAUUAACUUAGAAUUUCAUGGCUGCAACACGUGCCAAAGUAGUUGGGAAAGGGCAUGUUCACCACUGUGUUACAUGGCCUUUCCUUUUAACAACACUCAGUAAACGUUUGGGAACUGAGGAGACCAAUUUUUUAAGCUUCUCAGGUGGAAUUCUUUCCCAUUCUUGCUUGAUGUACAGCUUAAGUUUUUCAACAGUCCGGGGGUUUCCGUUGUGGUAUUUUAGGCUUCAUAAUGCGCCACACAUUUUCAAUGGGAGACAGGUCUGGACUACAGGCAGGCCAGUCUAGUACCCGCACUCUUUUACUAUGAAGCCACGUUGAUGUAACACGUGGCUUGGCAUUGUCUUGCUGAAAUAAGCAGGGGCGUCCAUAGUAACGUUGCUUGGAUAGCAACAUAUGUUGCUCCAAAACCUGUAUGUACCUUUCAGCAUUAAUGGCGCCUUUUUACCCAUUUCUUGGGCACUAAUACACUGGACUCGUCAGACCACAGAACACUUUUCCACUUUGUAUCAGUCCAUCUUAGAUGAGCUCAGGCCCAGCGAAGCCAACGGCGUUUCUGGGUGUUGUUGAUAAACGGUUUUCACCUUGCAUAGGAGAGUUUUAACUUGCACUUACAGAUGUAGCGAGCAACUGUAGUUACUGACAGUGGUUUUCUGAAGUGUUUCUGAGCCCAUGUGGUGAUAUCCUUUACACACUGAUGUCGCUUGUUGAUGCAGUACAGCCUGAGGGAUCGAAGGUCAUGGGCUUAGCUGCUUACGUGCAGUGAUUUCUCCAGAUUCUCUGAACCCUUUGAUGAUAUUACGGACCGUAGAUGGUGAAAUCUCUAAAUUCCUUGCAAUAGCUGGUUGAGAAAGGUUUUUCUUAAACUGUUCAACAAUUUGCUCACGCUUUUGUUGACAAAGUGGUGACCCUCGCCGCAUCCUUGUUUGUGAAUGACUGAGCAUUUCAUGGAAUCUACUUUUAUACCCAAUCAUGGCACCCACCUGUUCCCAAUUUGCCUGUUCAUCUGUGGGAUGUUCCGAAUAAGUGUUUGAUGAGCAUUCCUCAACUUUAUCAGUAUUUAUUGCCACCUUUCCCAACUUCUUUGUCACAUGUUGCUUUUUAUCAGUUUGAACAUCAAAUAUGUUGUCUUUGUAGCAUAUUCAACUGAAUAUGGGUUGAAAGUGAUUUGCAAAUCAUUGUAUUUCAUUUAUAUUUACAUCUACCACAAUUUCCCAACUCAUAUGGAAACGGGGUUUGUAAGUAUUUAAAUGGUUAGUUAGAUUUUUAUUCAUCCCAGAGUGGGGACAUUAUAUGGUUGCAGUGCAGGUUUUUACAAACAGUAAUAUAGGUUUUGUUUUUUGAUUUAUUUAUAUGUUACUUCAUUUGAAUGUACAGGGCUAGGACUAAUAAACUUCGGUAGGACUUGAAUGUUUCUAUUUAAGGAUGAAGAUUCUCUGUGUGACCUCAACACGGUUUCAUUGAUUUAUAUGCAGUUGUUUUGCACUGUACAGUUAAAUAGUGUUGUAAUACUUUAUGGGGGAGAAUGAGAAAAAAGACGAAUAAACUUGGAGAGGAAAGUUGUAAAAAUGUUGACAGUGAAGUUGAAAUAUUCCAUGAAAAUAAUUGUUUACAUUUAGGUAAAAACAAUUAUGAGAAGAAAAAAGCACAUUAACCACUAGCAUUUUGGGGGGGGGGGGUGGCUCGGUUGGGAGAGUGGCCGUGCCAGCAACCGGAGGGUUCUUGGUUCGAUCCUCAGCUUCUACCAACCUAGUUACGUCCGUUGUGUCCUUGAGCAAGACACUUCACCCUUGCUCCUAAUGGGUGGUGGUUAGCGCCUUGCAUGGCAGCUCCCG